AUGGAGACCCUCAAAUCGCUGUUCGUCAAGCCCGAUCCGCAGCAACAGACUCCUCUCCUGCAGCUGCGAAAGUGCAAUGCUCUCAUGCGCUCCAACAUCCGCAAACUAGACCGCGACAUCAACCAAGUCAGACAAGUCGAAGCCAAGACGAAGCAACUCAUCGUCCAAGCCGAUAAGCGAGCCCAACGAGACCCCACGCGGGCGAAGCAAGCACAAAAAGAAGCCCGCGACUUUGCCCGCGAGCUCAUCCGCGCACGAAAAACAAGCUCUCGACUCAUUACUUCGAAGGCCCAGCUCAACAGCGUCCAGAUGCAGGUCAACGAAGCCUUUGCCGUGCGUAAGAUCGAGGGUAGCAUCCGCGCGAGCGUUGGCGUCAUGAAGGACGUCAACCGCCUGAUCCGACUACCCGAAUUGGCUGGCACGAUGCAGGAAUUGAGCGCGGAGCUGAUGAAGGCUGGUAUCAUCGAGGAGAUGGUUGGCGAGAGCUUGCCAGAGGAUAUGGAUGAGCUGGAAGAGGAGGAGGCCGAGGGUGAGGUCGAUAAGGUUCUUGGAGAGAUCCUGAAGGACCGCAUGCCCAAGGAACAGCUCCCCGCCGUACCCGUUGCACAGGAGCCCAAGCCGGUCGAGACCGAGGAGGAAGAGGAGGAUGCCGAGGCUAUGAUGGACCAGAUGCGCAACAGGCUUGAAGCCUUAAGGAGCUAA